AUGCAAACUUGGCUUAUCAUUUUAAUAACGAUUUUAUCGGGUCUUGCAGUAUUUGUGUUGUUAUUUAUAAUUAAGAAAAAACGCAGUGAAAAGCGUCAUCGAGAACGUGCCGCAAUGGCUCAGCCUUCAAUUGUCAUCCCAAACACAACUACAGUCAUUCCAUCAACAAACAGACAACCAGCUUACAAUUUAGGAAAUCCAACACAAGUUCGACAAUUUACGACUGUGAUGUAUCAUUCGGGUCCAAAUCCAACUUCAGGCCAAAUGUAUCCACCAGGGAACGCUCCACCUUAUCCUUACAAUCCAAAUGUGAUUCCACCUCCAUAUCAACAACAACCCCAACAGCAACAAAUGUAUCCACAGUAUGUUAAUCCAAACCCUUAUCAACAACCAACGAGAUUGAUGCCAGUUGCAAGUGCACCGGCACAUAUGUAA